AGCUUGGAGAGCUAGCUUGCUCAGAGGUCAUCCACCACCACCACUAGUACUGUUUGCUUGUUCGUUUGUAAUCUAGCUGCCGACCGACCGAGUUGCAAGAUGCAGCAGCCUAGCCGCCUUGCAAGCGUUGGUAAUUGAUUGGUUAUCCUCUGCUCUCCCUCGUCUUGCUUGCCUGCCUCUCUGCUUGCCUUGCCUUUUUCUAGCUAGCUAGCUUAUUUAUAAGGCGCGGCGGAUGCUCGAUCGAUCUCCUCCUCAAAGACUCGCUCCAGAUACACCAGCACCACCAACAGCACAGCUGCUGCGCUGCGUGCUUGCCAUGGAGGCCAAUAAUAAUAGUAAGCACGGGAAGGCGUACUCCGUCGCCGAGGAAGAUGCUACGACUACCAAUAAUAUGAUGAUGAAUCAGAAGCACCUCUCCGACGACGAGGCCGCCGCCGGCGAGCCGGAGGAGAACUACCGCGGGUGGAAGGCCAUGCCUUACGUCAUAGGGAACGAGACGUGCGAGAAGCUUGGCACCAUCGGCACCACGGCCAACCUGCUGGUCUACCUCACCACCGUCUACGGCAUCAAGAGCGCCAGCGCCGCCACGCUGCUCAGCCUCUGGGGCGGCACCGUCAACCUCGCCCCCGUCCUCGGCGCCUUCCUCAGCGACUCGUACCUCGGCCGCUACGCCACCAUCGCCCUCGCCUCCAUCUCCUCCUUCGUCGGCAUGAUCCUCCUCACCCUCACCGCCGCCGUCCCCUCGCUCCACCCGCACGCCGGCGCGGGGCCCUCCGCCUCCCACAUGGCCGUGCUCCUCGCCUCCUUCGCGCUGCUCGCCGUCGGGGCCGGCGGCAUCCGCCCCUGCAACCUCGCCUUCGGCGCCGACCAGUUCGACCCCCGCACGCCCGCCGGCCGCCGCGGGAUCAACAGCUUCUUCAACUGGUACUACUUCACCUUCACCAUCGCCAUGAUGGUCUCCGCCACGUUCAUCAUCUACCUCCAGAGCAACGUCAGCUGGGCGCUCGGCCUCGCCGUCCCGGCCACGCUCAUGGGCCUCUCCUGCGCGCUCUUCUUCAUGGGCACGCGCCUCUACGUCCGCGUCCGCCCCGAGGGAAGCCCCUUCACCCGCUUCGCCCAGGUCGUCGUCGCCGCCUACCGCAAGCGCCGCCUGCACCGAGGUCCCUGCGACCUCUUAUUCGACCCGCCGCACCGGAGGAGCAGCCUCGUGUCCAAGAUCGCCUACACGGACCAGUUCCUGUGCCUGGACAAGGCCGCCAUUCUCACCGCUGACGAUGAGCUCGCGGUCACGGCCGACGGCACCACGCCGGCGAACCCGUGGCGGCUGUGCACGGUGCAGCAGGUGGAGGAGGUCAAGUGCCUGGUGCGGCUGCUCCCGGUGUGGUCGUCGGGCAUCGUCUACUACAUCGUGCUCACCAACCUGGGCAACUACGGCGUGCUCCAGGCCAUGCAGACGGACCGGCGCCUCGGGCGGUCGGCGUUCCAGAUCCCGGCGGGGUCCCUGGUGGUGUUCAACAUGCUGGCGCUCACGGCGUGGCUCCCCGUGUACGACGGCGUGGUGGUGCCGGCGCUGCAGCGGGUGACCAAGCGCGAGGGCGGCAUCACCCAGCUGCAGCGGAUGGGCGCCGGCAUCGUGCUGUCCAUCGCCACCAUGGUGGCGGCGGCGGCGGUGGAGCGGCACCGGCGCGCGGUGGGGGACGCGACGUCGUGCUUCGUGCUGGUGCCGCAGCAGAUGCUGGCGGGGCUUUCGGAGGCGUUCGCAGUGAUCGGGCAGGUGGACCUGUACUACAAGCAGUUCCCGGAGAACAUGCGCAGCGUGGCCGGCGCGCUGCUGUUCCUGGGCUUCGCCGUGGCCAGCUACGCCAGCGGGCUGAUGGUGACGGUGGUGCACCGGACGACGGGAGGGAGCGACGGGCGGCCGGACUGGCUGACGCAGGACCUCAACCAGGGGCGCGUCGACCUCUACUAUCUGGUGAUCGCGGGCAUGGCCGCCGUCAACCUCGUCUACUUCGUGGCGUGCGCGCGCUGGUACAGGUUCAAGGAGUCGGCGGACCACGCCGGCGCCGUCGAGCUGGAGGAGAAGGACAAGGUCGUUGUUGUUACUGAUGCAGGCGCCGCCGCACCCCCACCUCCAGUAUGAAGCUCCGUACCGUACCUCUCCGAUGCUUAAAUAAUCGGAAAAGCUAAGUUCGAAAAUUAAAUGAAGAUGCAGCGUCGAUCAUCGUCUUGUCCUCUUAUAUAUAGAUCUCGGCUCAUGCCUUAAGGAAAAUCGUGGUGAUUAAAAAAUCGCGUCAGUCACCAACUGUUAAGUGAGAGAUAAUUGUCAGUCAUAAUUUAAAAAAAUUUGGUACCGGAAGAGGUCGACCUAUCGUCCUCUUAUA